AUGCACAGAGGAUCCUCACAGGAGGAUGUCAACAGCCAUGGGUGCGACUCACAGCUGAGUGACAACCAUUUGUCUGCCAUUUCUUCAGUGUGUGGUGUGGCUCCUUUGAACAACAAGAUAGUGGGAGGACAGAAUGCUGCUGCAGGUUCUUGGCCUUGGCAAGUCAGCAUUCAUCAUGCCUAUAAUUUCCAUUUCUGCGGUGGAUCCCUCAUCAACAGUGGCUGGGUUCUGACAGCGGCACACUGCUUUGCAAAUACCAAAUAUACUGCCUCUCAGGUUACUGUGUAUCUGGGUACAGAGACUCUGGAAGGAACCAACAUGAAUCAGGUGUUCAGAUCUGUCACAAGUGUCACCAUAAACCCCAACUACAAUUCAGAUACCAAUGACAAUGACAUGGCCCUGCUUCAGCUGUCUUCCACAGUGACCUUCACCCCCUACGUCACUCCUAUCUGUCUGGCUGCCUCUGGUAGCACCUUCUUCAAUGGAACCCUGUCCUGGGUCACUGGCUGGGGGAACAUCGGCUCUGGAGCAAGUCUUCCAUCUCCUGGGUACCUACAGGAAGUGCAAGUCCCAAUUAUUGGAAACAGGCAAUGUUUCUGCUUAUAUGGUGGAGGAAUCACAGGCAACAUGAUUUGUGCUGGAGCUUUACCAGGAGGGAAAGACUCGUGUCAGGGUGAUUCUGGAGGUCCACUAGUCAUCAAACAAGGUUCUAUUUGGAUCCAGGCUGGGAUUGUGAGCUUUGGUAAUGGUUGUGCUCAGGCAAAUUACCCUGGUGUGUACACCAGAGUGUCUCAGUACCAGAAAUGGAUCAACCAGGUGAUCACCAGCAACCAGCCAGGCUUCGUCACGUACACGUCUAAUGGAACUAAUGCAGACCUGAAUGUGUCCUGCAGUAACCUGCCUCCUGCCACCACUGUUGUGACCACAACCACCAUGACCACCGCUCCACCUGUGGUAUGUGGCAAUGCCAACCUGAAUGACCUUUCGGGAGCGGGCACUGGCUUGGCGUCUGCUGGCAUGUGGCCGUGGAUGGCAAGUGUUCAGCGUAAUGGUACCCAUGUCUGCGGAGGAACGCUGAUCGCUGCCCAGUUUGUCAUGAGCUCUGCUGACUGCUUCUCUGGCUCCACCAACGCUUCUGACUGGACCGUGAUCCUGGGCCGCCUCAUGCAGAACGGCAGCAACUCCAACGAGGUGUCCAUCAAAGUGGCAAACAUCACGUUCAGCAACACUUCACAAAACAACAUAGCAGUGCUGCAGCUGACCGUUAAACCAACGCUGUCCAACUACAUCCAGCCCAUAUGUGUGGACCAGGGCAGCAACAACUUUGCUGUGAACACUCAGUGCUGGGCAGCUGGCUGGGGCUCAGGAGGAGGAGCUCAACAAACUCUUCAGCAAAUCAACACUUCUAUCGUGAGCUGUGAUAGUGCAUCUGCAUCUACCAGCAUCUGCACACAAGCCUUUCCACUAGAACAGAGUGAAAGAGGAGGACCUCUGAUGUGUAAGGUUGGGGCGUCGUGGUUCCAGGCAGCGGUCCUGACUUUGCUCACUAGCACAGCCAACCCCAACAUCACCAACCCCAACAUCACCAACCCCAACAGCACCAACUCCAACAGCACCAACUCCAACAGCACCAACUCCAACAGCACCAACUCCAGCUCCAGCAAAAGCCUGCAGGUGGAUGUGGUUACUCAGAAAUCAAUAAUGACUUUCUCCAAAACCUCAGACUUCACCUCAUUCCUGCUGAAGACGGUGCAUUCUCUCCUUAACACAACAUCUGUUUUGACCGUCACCAGUGCCAGUAACCCUGCAUCUGCUAUGACUACUACGGUCAUCACUGCCAAACCCAGAAAUGGUGAUACCUAUCUGUUCCUCUCUGUUACAUCAGUCAUCCUACUCUCACUUCCUGCUAUCAUCCAAGUGUUGGGUUAA